AAUAAAUAUAUCGGGUAUCCAUCCAUCUUGUUUUGUGCUACCACCAGUAUGACUUCAUUUGCAACGGAACACUGGCAUAUAAUAUCUGUUCAGAUACCAUUUGCCUCGCACCAACAUGCCGUGAUCGCCAAGGAGGCUAUUGAAGUCGACCCAGAAUUGCAGCCUCAGGCAGUGAAACGUACACUGUCCGUUGAGGGCAGCAUUCUGACCGCACAUUUCGAGACUCUGACCGUCCGAUUAGCUCGUCUCACCAUCAAUAGCUUCCUAGAGAAUGUCGAUCUCGUAGUUCGUACCCUGGAGCACUUUGGAGAAGACGCAGAAAAACGACUUGUACAAUCAAGCCGACAUCCUUGAAUAUGCGAUAUUCAGAUGGACAGGUGGUGGGAUGUACUACAUUGUGCUACAACUGUCAAGAUGAUGGUGCAAGAGGAUACUACUACAGCACAAAAUUACUCCUCCUUCGAUGCGGCCUCUUCCUCAGCUUUAACCUUUUUCUUCUUGUUCUUCUUGUUCUCCCGCAAGUUCCGUGCAAGAAGGGCUUUUAGUU